AGGCAAUGCCAAAUUUCACAGAUGUGACAGAAUUUGUUCUUCUGGAGUUGACCAGUCAUCAGGAGCUUCAAGUUCUCUUUUUUGUGGUGUUUCUAGUAGUUUACAUGAUCACUCUGAUAGGGAACAUUGGUAUGAUUACUUUGAUCAGCAUCAGCCUCCAGCUUCAGAGCUCCAUGUACUUUUUCUUGAAUCAUUUGUCUUUUGUGGAUGUGUGGUUCUCUUCCAAUAUCACUCUGAUGAUGCUGGAAAACUUACUAUCAGAGACAAAAAACAUUUCCUAUGUGGGGUGUUUGGUGCAGUGUUACUUCUUCACAGCCCUUGUCCACGUGGAAGUAUAUAUCUUGGCUGUGAUGGCCUUUGAUCACUACAUGGCCAUCUGCAACCCUCUGCUUUAUGGCAGUAAAAUGUCCAGGACUGUCUGUGCUCAUCUCAUCUCUGUGACAUACAUCUAUGGAUUCUUUGUUAGCCAAAUCUGCACACUGUGGACAUAUGGCCUGUACUUCUGUGGAAACUUUGAAAUCAACCACUUCUAUUGUGCUGACCGUGCUCUUAUCAAGAUUGCCUGUGGAGGGGUCCACAUUAAAGAAUGCACCAUGAUUGUUAUUGCUGGGAUUAAUUUCACAUAUUCCCUCUCAGUGGUUCUCAUGUCCUAUACCCUCGUCAUAGCGGCCGUGCUGCGCAUGUGCUCUGCCGAUGGCAGGAGGAAGGCAUUCUCCACGUGUGGGUCCCACCUGACAGCUGUUACCAUGCUUUAUGGGACUCUCAUCUUCAUGUAUCUCAGGAGGCCCACUGAAGAGUCUGUGGAGCAGGGGAAGAUGGUGGCUGUGUUUUACCCCACAGUGAUUCCCAUGCUGAAUCCCAUGAUCUACAGUUUGAGGAACGAAGGUGUGAAAGAGGCGGUCAAGAAAGCAAUCGUCAAAGCAAGCUUGAGGCAGUGAACCUGCAGUACAUAAUUCCGGGUAUGCUGCUUCCUGUUAUAAAUGUCCCGGCAUAUAAAUAACCCUGUUUAAAAUAGACUGUAUACAGGCAACAUUUAAAUAUACUAAAAGGUCCAGUCUAACACAGUGAUGGUUUACCCCAUGAAUGGACUCUCAGGACUAAGCCUCCUUUAUCUACAUAUGCAAACAUUCUAACCCUGACCUAUUACUGUUAGUCCUAGUGUAUGUAAAACUGUGCUAAGUGUAGGCAUCAGAUAACUCAUAAAUACAUUUGGAUAAGCACAUGUUAAUUUGGAGGUAUCUUUAUAAGAGUUGAAUAUGCUUUCUUAAGAUAUUUUCUAUAUAUAAUUGCUUUUCACUUGUUUUAUAAGUAAUAUAUAAUUUCAUGAGAAAAAAUUAAGAUUUCAUCACUUUUCCAUGAAUAUAAAAGUUGGUGGAUCCUCAUUUACCAAAAAAGCUUUCAAUAACAUUCAUACAUGCAUGGACUUUUGAAAACAAAAAUGUAUUCAGAAUCUUCAACUAGUGUCAUGAAUCAAUCAGAAGGUUAACUCUCAAUAUAUAUUGCUCUAUAAUUAACAGUAUUUGUAUUUCAAACAAUCUGUUGACUCACCGUAAUUCUACUCUUUGGUUUGGAUUUUGGCUAGUUGUUUUUCUCUUCAUUAAAUAGGUGAAAAAUUUAUGGGUAAAGCCUAUCAUGUCCUUCUCAUAGUUUAAAAAGAUGAAGCAAUAUGGAUUUUUGUCAUUUAAAAUCUAACUUUUGAUCAGAAGAAUGUUCUGUUAAACAUUUGAUUGCUAUGAUGAAGGUAUUGUUUGAUUCCAAAUUCUUGUCACUAACAUUACAUUCUUAGGUCUGUGUUUAGCUCCUUAAGCUUUUAAUAACUAGAGUCGAUCAACCAGAUAAGAAUCUGUGUGAAACCAAAUGUCAUUGCACUAGACAUGUGUUAAAAUGUGAUCAGCACAGCUCAAACUGGUAUCCAUUGGGAUCUGAUUACACGUUUGCAAUUCAAUUUAUGUUGAUUGGUGUCCACUUAAUCAACCUUCAUUCUUAAUAUAAGUGGAAUAAAUUUUGUGUCCUUGUUGACUCUUGCUAAUAAUACCAGCAUAAAAGCAAAUCAGAAGCAGAAGUAAUUUCUCAUGAAUGAGUUUAUUCUUGUUUAAGGGCUAAUCCAAUUAAGAGGGCUGCACAAUUGAACAUGUGUAGAAAGACUGAGAAGUAACAUUUACUUGUGGUAGUAUCACUGGAAAGAUGGAUUCAUUUAAGCACAGAAAGUAUUGUUACUCAGGCUAAUUUACCAAUUGCCCACAAGCCACAUUCCGUCAGAUUGGUUCAGAGAAAAAGCAGAUGGUGGGAGGAGAGUUCUUUUUCAUAACUAGGUUCUGAGCAGGAAGAAAAAGUACUAUUUGAUUAGUAUUGGAAACUACAUUAACAAAGGUUUUUUUUUUUUUUUAAUGUUUUCAAA